GGGCGUUUCCCUUGGCCACAGUGCUUCUGGCAUGCUGCGGGCCGGGAUGUGGCAGCGGGCUUUUCGAGGGGCUUCAGCCGGUGUCCUGGGUUGGUUGCGCUACCGCCUGCCGCACCUGUGCUGGAAUGGAUGCACAAAGCAGCGCAACACUCGGGCCCUCGUCCGCGGGCUACGGUACAGUAACAGGCCUGGGAAGACGGGCAGACUCCUGGCAGCGCUCACCGGGGCCUUCUUAUGGGAUGAGGAGCGAGUUCGAGAAGAGGAGAUCAUAAGGCCAGCCGAGGACAUGAAGCGCAUGAGGCCGGGGGCUGAUACGAUCCGGGGACAGACUUCUACCGACACUGAAGACCAGGGAUGGGAACUGGUUGUGGACAAAAAGGAUUUCAAACUGUGGAGGCGCCCAAUUGAAGGGACACACCUGUACCAGUACAGAGUGUUUGGGUCAUACAGAGACGUCACCCCUCGUCAGUUCUUUAACGUUCAGCUGGAUACAGAAUACCGUAAGAAAUGGGAUGCACUGGUUAUUAAACUGGAUGUCAUUGAGCGAGAUGGAGAGUCUGGAUCAGAAAUCAUUCACUGGGUUACUCACUUUCCUUACCCCAUGUAUUCACGGGAUUACGUCUAUGUAAGGAAAUAUCACGUCGAUCAGGAAAACAACCUUAUGGUAUUAGUGUCUCGAGCGGUGCAACAUCCCUCCAUUCCGGAAUCUCCAGAUUAUGUCCGAGUGCGCAAUUACCAGUCCCAGAUGGUUAUCCAGCCUCACACGUCUUUUGAUGAGAAUGGUUUUGAUUACUUGCUGACUUACAGCGACAACCCUCAGACUGUAUUCCCACGCUACUGUGUCAACUGGAUGGUGUCCAGUGGAAUGCCGGAUUUCCUGGACAAAUUACAUAUGGCAACUGUGCAGGCUAAGAACCAGGAGAUUAAAGUGAGAGAUUACAUCUCCUUCCGCCCCCAGGAUUGUGGCAGCGAGAGCAGAGCCAGCCCGGAAAGGAAGAACGCCGCUGCCCAUCCUGCACCACACAUGGAAUAUGCCUAAUGCCGCCAGAGGAAUAUUCCUUUAUUUCAUUGUCUGGGGCUUGGACUGAAUAUGGCACUGGCUAUACCAACGGCCAACUGAAACUGGAACAUUGUUGAACACCAUCCAAGGCACUCGUUCACCUUUUGGCUUUAUAAUUACAUUUUGCACUGUGAACAAGGACAGCUUGGGGGGUAGGGUUGCCACCUUUUCUGGAAAAAAAAUCUGGCCUUCCUAUAUUCUUGCCAUUUUUUUAAUAACAUUGGCAUCAAGCUUAAUUUUUACACGCCAAGCCGGUAAAAUACCGACCAGAUGGCAACCCUAUUGGUGGGGGAGGUCAUGAAGUAGAGUCCUGCGCGGAACCAAUUUGUUAAACCCGACCCGUAACCGCGUUCUUACCCGCUUGGACCCGCAAGUACCUUAUACGCGACCCACUGACCAUCAAGAAUCAGGAAGUGCUGUCAUUGUAAACCGGAAGUGACAUCAUCGGAAGUAGGCAUGAUCAGAAAAAAAGAGUAAAACUUGCUAUUGAGAAGACUCGCAGAACCGCCGACCCACGUCUAUACCCGCAACCCACAGGUUACCUGCUUUUUGCGGGUACCCGACCUGCUGCAGGACUCUUGCUUGAAGAGUUAGUUAGUAGUACAGGCUGCCUUUUUUUUGGGUAUCUCUUUCAGUUGGCAGUUGUAUUGGUGUUAACAGAUGUAUUGGUCACUGUUUCUAUUCUAGGUUUUACUUGUCUCUGCCUAUGCAGACUAUAACCUCACUAUGGGCCCUGUCAGCACACCUGUUAUAACUGAAUAAUAGCAGCAGAUUCUGGAAGACAAGCAGGGAGCAUGUAUGAUCAUAUCUUCUCUGAGGGCCCUGGGAAGUGCCUUAAAUCUGGGUCCCAGCUUAACCUGCUUGCAUGAAGGAGUCUGUGCUUUAGGGCAAGACCUUGGAUUGGAUGUUUGACUCAAAGACUUUGCUCUUGAAUGCAUAAAUAGGAAAACUGCCUUUUUUAUGGAUAUUAUUGUGCACAAAGAAAUGAUUGUACAAAGUCCCGGGAGAUUAGAAUCAUUGACGUUUCAGCUGUUUGCGAGCUUUAUAGGGAAUGGUUUAUGUACGCUCUUGUGAUCAGAGAGCGCCAUUUAGUUGAUCUGUACUUGGGGUGUGGGGACAGGGAUCUGCACUUCUGUAUAACAACUGAAAUACCAAGGGCUAAUUAACUCUCAAGCCAUUAGCUGCAUAACAUUUCAUAGAGGGUGCAAACAGCAUGCGCUUCACUACAAUACGCUUAGCUGUGAAUCAUUUAAAAAGGGUGAGGGGGGGUGUUGUUUAUCGGCGCAAUACCUUGAGGAACAGAAAAGUACAGUAUGUGUUGUACUAAAGGAGGCUGCCUCCUCCAGCAAAAUUCUUCGGAGGGGGAACAUGCUUUAAAAUCCCACCUACGCUAAAAGCCAUGUACAAACCCGCCACUUGCAAAUCCCUCACCUGUACAGGGAAAAAAAAAUGAAUCAUCGUAUUCAUGGAAUGCACGAAACGAUUGCUUAAAGGUGCAAUUUUACCCCCAAAAAGCAUUUUGAGAGCAAAAUUAUAAAUCUAGGAAAUCACAGCACUUAGAAAUGCUGCUUUUAGUUUUUUUUUUUCUUUCCCUCUUGGUUUGUAUUUCUUGGCUUGUAUUGUAAAUGAUUCCUCUGAACGGGAGAGCCAAUUAUUGCCUGUAAUGACUCCUAAUGGACCAACCUGUUUCCUAGUUUUUUGUGUGAGUGUUGGAGCAGUCUCCCAGUUCUCUGUCCUGCCCUCCAUUACCCAGAAGUAUAACUCCUGUUACUGGAAUGGUCAGAAAAUGAAGGGGUUGGGGGGCACAGAUUGGAGACACUUGGAUUAAAGGAGUGGUUCGACUUUAAAUUCACUUUUAGCAUGUUCUACAAUGUCCUAGUCGUAGCAACUUUGCCAUUGGUCUUCUUGAUUAUUAUUUUUUCUCUUCUGCCUUUUUUCAGCUUUGAAAUGGGGGUCAGUAACCCCAGCAGCAAACUGUUGCUCUGUGAGGCUUCAAUUGUGUUGUUCCUUUUUAUAUUACUCUUUCUUCCUUAUUCCCUCACUCUUGUAUUCAUAUUAAAUUCUUUCAUUCAAACCUCUGCCUUGUUGCUAGGGUACAUUAGACCCCAGCAACCAAAUAGCUGCUCAAAUGCCAAACAGGAGAGCUGCUGAAUUAAAAGCUAAAUAACAGAAACAAAUCAAGACCAAUUGCAAAUUAUCUCAAAAUACUAAUGUCUACAUCAUACUUAUAGUAAAUGUAAAGGUGAACUAUCAUUGUAGGUAGCAGUGAGGUGUGUUUGCUUUGUUCAAAGUUGAACUAAACGCUGGAAUAAAACUAGGGAUGCACCAAAGUCAGGAUUCUGCCUUUUUCAGCAGGAUUCGGAUUCAGCGAAAUCUUCUGCCCGGCUGAACCAAAUCCGAAUCCUAAUUUGCAUAUGCAAAUUAGGGGCAGGGAAUUCACAUGACUUGUCACAAAACAAGGAAGUAAAAAUGUUUUCCCUUUCCCACCCCUAAUUUGCAUAUGCAAAUUCAGAUUCAGUAUUUGCCCGAUUUUUCACAAAGGAUUCAGGGGUUCGGCCAAAUCCAAAACGGUUCAUCCCUAAAUAAAACUAAAAUAUAUAUGCCCCAAGUGACACUCUCCAUAGGAAAUCCUCCCCAUGGAGUCUGAGCUCUGGAGAGACGGAGCAAUGUUCCCAAGCUCUGCUGUUGUGGCCUCCCCAGACCCAGAAAUACAGUGUCCCUCUCAGAAGUAGCACUGAUCAUUGACAGGAACAUGGUACUGCCUAAUAGGGGUGGUGGUUCAUAGCACCGGUCAAUACAGCUCUGGGCCUAAAGGGCUGGUUCACCUUUAAGUUAACUUUUUGUAUGUUAGAAUUAAUUUUAAACAACUUUUCAGUUGGCCUUCAUUUUUUCUUUUUUUUUAUAGUUUUUUGAAUUAUUUGCCUUCUGACUCUGAAAAAACAAAUGCUCUGUAUGGCUACACCUUUAGGGGCAGAUUUAUCAAAGGUCGAGGUGACUUUUCGAAUGAAAAAAAUUCGAAUUUCAAGCUAUUUUUUGUGUACUAGGGAAUAGUCCAAAUUCGAUUCGAAUUUGAAAAAAAAUUAGAAUAUUGAACUUCGACUUGGUCUUUUUGAAUUCGAAUUUCAAAGUUUUUCAAUUCGAAACUUGACCCUUGAUAAAUAUGCCCCUUUUUAUUACUCAUCUUUCUAUUCAAGCCUCUGCUAUUCAUAUUCCAGUCUCUUAUUCAAAUCGAUGCAUGGUUGCUAGCGGAAUUUGGAUCCUACAAGACAGAUUGCUGAAAUUGCAAACUGGAGAAUUACUGAAUAAAAAGUUAAAUAACUCAAAAACCACAGUUAAUGAAAAAUGAAAACCAAUUGCAAAUUGUCUCAGAAUAUCACUCUCUGCAUCCUACUAAAAGUUAAUUUAAAGAUGAACAACCGCUUUAACUCAUGCUGCUCCAUCUCACACAGUUUAGCCAAUAGGAACAGUAGACAAGGAUUCCUUAGCAAAUAUCAAAAUCACAGAAAGGGUGCAGCAGCUGGCAGAAUGUUCAAUAAAUGGGGGCAAUUCAUUUGGCUGGGCGAUUAAGGGAAGAGCACAGGUAAGGGCAGAGACACACGUGGAGAUUCGGUGGAGAUUAGUUGCCUCACGAGGAAACUUCGGGCGACUUCGGAAAACAAAUCGCUCCGAGUGCCAUCCCGCCGGCGAUUUGGAUUCUAGCCGGGGGGAAGGCCCUAAUGGGUUUAAUUCACUUAAUGCAUUUUAUUUAGUCGUUGAUUGGGUGGGGAGGAGUUCCAUUUCAUUAUCACCAGUUUUCUGACAUAGACUUAUGGCCUUGAUUGAGAGACAAACAUUGGGAGGAAAAUAGUAGGAAACUAGUUAAAAAAAAAAAAA